AUGUGCAUCUACUGGACAUGCAAAUAUACACUGUGCGGCUGUAUAUGGGAUAUAGACCCAUCAAAAUGCCGAGAUAAGCGCCUCUGCUGGGGUCCAAGAAUGAUAACGCUUGAAUCCCACACAGCGACUUGCGGAGACUGUUGGGCGAGAGGGGAUAAGCGGGUUUUCGAACAACAAACAUGCGACGAAGCUGAUACAGACGGAGAAGCAUCUGAGAUGGUGAUGUCAGGCUGUGAAAGCAGCACAGAUGAGAGUGUGGAUAGUUCCGACGAUGAAGAGGGCUAUUUUUCAGCUGAAGAGUUCUUGUCGCCAUCUUCAUACUCACGACCUGCGACCCCACAGCUAUACUAUGAGCAACAUUCGGGAUUGUGCCCCGUAUCUGAAGAUAACGAUUUCGAUUUGACUAGGACCUGUGACCCGGUGGAUCUUGCGUCGAUGGGGAAGGACUAUCGAGCAAGGCGCUACAAGACGAGCUCGUUCCAGUACUUGUCGGAUGGUACGGAAUCUUUUGUUUCUUGUGAAGAGUACCUCAAUGAAGGAACUCCUGCCGAGGAAAAUUUCAGUUCUGGGAGUGAAGAAAAUGAUAUUUAG